AUGGAUACCAGUGGCGAUGGCGGUGGUGGUGAUUUUGGAGACCAGCUUGUGCUCUCCGAUGACGCUGCCACGGACUACGAGCCAACACAGGACGAGAUUGAGGCGUACGCAAAGGAAGUGUUGGAGAUGGAUCCGGCGGAGGACCCUGACCUCUUGUACAUUGCUCGCGAUGCAUUGAAAGCACCGCUGCCAAAGAACUGGAAGGCUUGCCAAGACAAAGGCACCGGUGAAAUUUACUUUUUCAACUUUGACUCCGGCGAGAGCAAGUGGGACCACCCGUGCGAUAACGACUUUAAGGAGUUGUACCAGAAGAAGAAGGCUGAGAAGCAGGCAAAGGGCAGCGCAGCGCCCGCCAAGCAAGAGCAAACCACCGCCCUGGGCAACACGACUUCCUGGCGGACCAAACAGACGACGAGCCAGAACUCUCAGAUUCGGGCGACGACCACACGCGCGCAGCACUGGCGGCGAGACCGGCGCCUGGAGCCGUUGCAAGAGACAGCAGCAGCAGAUACAGAUACGGGAGUGCUGAAGCAGAAGCACCGCGAGGAGGAGGCCGCCCUCAUCAAGGAGCACGAGUUGGCGAUGACCAGGCUGCGUGACGAGCACGAGACGGCAGCAGCGUCGCUCCGGCGAACACUCAAAGCGGACGAGGAGGACAUGCGAUCACAAGUAACGGCAGCAAAGGCCGCGCACGAGAAGGAUAUGGCAAGUCUGAAGCAGCAGCACAGCGCGGCUCUGGCCGAGCUCAAGGCUUCCCACGCAAAGGAACAGGAGGAGGCUAUUGCCAAGCUGAAGAAGGACCUUCAAGCAGAAACACAGACUAUCAAGGACAAACACUCGAAGGAGAUUGCUGCGUUGAAGCGCGAUCACGAGGCCGCUGUUGCGAAACUCAAAGAGGAGCACAGCAAGGAGAAGGAACAAAUCACCCAAGAAGCGGAGGCGGCGGCGAAGGCCAAGACGAACAUUGACGACGAGAUUUCUGCUCUGCGCAAGGAGAAGCAGGACGCGUUGGAAAAGGAGAUGCGGGAGUUGCGGGAAAAGCGAUUGAGAGAAGAGAAUGACAGCAUCGAAAAGGAGCUGAAGGAAAAACGUGCAGCCGCCGAGAAAGAGAUGGAGGCGGAGGUUGAGAAGAAGGAGAAGGACCACAAGGCCGCGAUGAGCAAACUGGCAGCCGACCACAGCAAGCAGCUGCAGGAGAAGGAGAAGAAGUCCAAGGCAGAGCUGGAGGAAACAGAGAAGGAGGUGAAGGAAGCUGGGGAGAAGAAGCUGGCUGAGUUGCAUGCUGAGAUCCAAUCGCUUCAGGACGCGUGCGACGAACAAGAGCGCGAACUCCGCGAGAAACUGCCAGCGCUCAAACAGCAGCUGGAGGACGAGACUGGCGAGCUGGAGAAGAGUCUUGAAAAGACGAAAUUGGAGCGGGAAGCGGCAGAACGCGAGCAGCAGGAGAUUCGCGCGUCGCUCGAUGCAUUGCGCAAUGAGCUGAAAUCCCUGGAGGGCGAGGUGGCAGACGCAAAGGCGGCGAGAGACACGGCCCAGUCGGAAGCUGCCGCCGCACAGGCCGAUGUGGAGAAGGCGACGCAGACGUGCAAUGUGCUCCGCAAAGAGGAAGAGGAGCUGAGGCAGGCGGUGGCCACAGCAGAGACAACAGCGCAGAGUAAGCGCGCGGAGGCACAGGAGGCAGAGGAAGCAGCAGCGGCGCGGCGGGCAGAGGUUUCGAAACUGGAGGAACAGCUAGAGGGGGCGCGUGCAGAGUAUGACACGCUGUUGGCGCAACGCGAGGCGCUGAAGAACGUGGAGGAGCAGGUGGCUGCGGUGAGGGCGGAGUUGGAGGACUUGAGGGCCGAGAAGGAGACAUUGGAGGAAACGAAGGAGGAGCAAGAGCGAGACCUGCAGCAGCAGAGGGAGGCGCUGGAGGAGCGGAAGAAAGAGCUCGAUCAACAGCAGGCAAAGUUGAACGAAGAACGCGACAACUUGCAAAGGCAGCAACAGCAGCCGCCACAGUACGCGUUUGGCGCAAGUGGCAGCGGGCGCAUGCACGCGACAGAGGAGCCACAACAACAACAACAGCAACAGCAGCACCAACCACCGCCUGUUGCGUCGUCAACGAUGGAAGAUGCGGAGUUGGAGCGAGCGCGACGGUUCCUGCGAUCACAGAAUGAUCAAUUGGAGGCGCAGCGGCGGCAGGUGGACAUGGCAGAGUCGAUGCUUGCACGCGACACGCUCGACGCGCUUCCAAGCGACCAGGUCCUCGAACGCGUCAAGGUGCGUUGUGCACCCGCUGCUGCUGUGCGCAUGUGCAUGCGUCCCUGCGUGGUGAACCCAGCAUCCUCAGCGCCAUCGGCGCCAGCGGCAGUGAGAUACACAUCUGCUCCUCCGCGCCGGCCGGACCUCCUGCAGUCCGUGUACAGCAGCAAUGCCAGUCCUUCGGCGUCCGUGGCAUAUGCAGAUCCGUUGAUGGCGUCGUCCACGUUUGCACCGCGCGCGGGGCGGCCGGCUGCACCUGCGGCGGUCCGGGCAAGGGCGGGGCCUGCGCUCACUCGCCGCGCGCACGAGGCCGACCGCGACUUUGUGGAGGAGCACAGGCGCUUCCUGACGAAUGUGCGGCGGGAGGUGGAUGCGCUGGCAUCGUCAUCGUCGGCAUCGUCGUUGCGGGUUGGCAGGCGCGCAGCAACAGCAACAGCGCACCGCCGCACAUACGGCCACCACCACCAGCCGAACCAGCAGCAGUAUGCCGACGCGGGCAUGUUGGCUUCGCCUGCCGUGGCUGCUGGCCACUAUGGGAUUCGCCCGCACCAGCCCAUGCGGCUGUCGCUUGGACGCAGCUGGCGCGACCUGUCCUUGAACAACGCGCCCACGGUGCUCUCGCCCUGAAGCAGUCGUGAAUGAAGCGGCUGACCUUUUUUUUUUUUUUUUUUUGUUUGGGGGGAGGGGCGUGAGGGAGGAGCAUAAUUUUGCUUUGCUUCUGUUUGUGUGUGUGUGUGUGUGUGUGU